AUGCCAGUAAUCUCUUGCUUUGAUUAUUUUGCUUAUAGAACAUUCGCUUCCAACAAGGAGCUUUUUGAGAAGGCGCAAACCAAACUGAAGAACCUCACCGAAGACCCUGAUGUAGACGUCAAACUUGAGAUCUACGCCCUUUACAAGCAGGCAACCAUUGGAGAUGUCCAGGGUGAUCGUCCAGGAAUGAUGGAUUUUGCUGGCAGGGCGAAAUAUGAUGCUUGGGCAAAAAUGAAGGGUCUGGAACAGGAUGAAGCUUUGCUGAAAUACGCUAAGCUAAUUGAUACCUUAUCGGAUGCGGAGGAGCAGGAAAAGACAUCGUCAUUGGGUGGAUCCGAAGACAUGGGGCUAGGGCGAGUUGAUGGUCUUGAG